AUGAGCAUGUUUACGAACCCUCAAAUGGACCAGCUUGCCAUCCAGCAGCAGAUCGAGCUCCUCCAGCAGCAGCAGCAACAGCUCCAAGCUACUCAACAGCAAUAUCUCAACAUGGGGAUGAUCCCCCAACCCAACAACUCGGCCCUGUUCCCGAUGCAGCAGCAGCAGCCCCAGCAACAGCAGCAGCAGCAGCAGCAGCAGCAGCAGCAGCAGCAGCAGCCCAUGUCGCAUCGCCGGAAUCAGUCCGCAAUUCCUAAUAUGGGCAUGGGGCCCCCUCCUGCCCCCUCUUCCGGCGCUUCGGGCACCGCAUUUGGCAAUUUUGAUAAUUCCCAGGCUAGUCAUGGCCGUGGUGAAAACGCACCCAGCCGUGGCGGGCGUGGCGGUGGUGGUGGUGGCCAUCAGCGACGUCACUCGUUGGCUCUUGCCGAUGCCAAGAAGGCUGCCGAGCUGGCUCAGCAAAAGAGGACAACGACCGGUUUCCAGUUCCCUGGCCCCGGUGCGUCCGCGGACAAGGCCAGCGGCGAUGAAAAUCGUGCUGCUCCGCAGCCGGCGGCUACUGAGAACCAGGCCUCGCAGGGUUCUGCUGGUCGCGGCGGUCGUGGUGGUCACGGUCGUAGUCAGAGCAUGGCUGUCGGUCGCGGUGGCGGCGGCGGCAGCCAGGACUUCCGCCGCGGCGGACACGCUCGAACUGGCUCCCGCAACUUUGAAGGCAACUGGAGAAAUCAGGGCCAAGCACAGGAGCAAGGCGGCCAGAACCAGCAGCAGACUUUCCAGCCUGGCCACCGAUCUCGUGGCUCGGUCAACCAAUCCAUUUCAUCCAUCGGUGCCUUCCAGUAUCCGGGCCAAGCUCCUCUCGUUCAGAUUCCUGGUCAGAUGAUCAUGCCUCAAAUGUUCCCCGGUCAGCAGCUCAACCCCAUGCAGCUCAGCCAGCUUCAAGCCCUCCAGGCUCAAAUGAACGGCCAGCAGUUUGUUGGUCUCCAGAACAGCCAGCACGCUGGUGGCCUCCCCGGCCAGCAGCAGCAGCAGCAGCAGCAGCAACGCAAGACUCUAUUCACCCCCUACCUCCCCAAGCCACCCUUCCCGCCCUCCUCGGCGAUGGCCAGCUUGUCUCCGCAAGGACCGAAACCGCGCUCUGGAGGGGAUCUGGUCGCCGUUGAACUCCUCGACGUCGACGAAGUUUGGUCGCAGAAGCGCGAAAAGGAGGAGAAGAAGAAGCGCAAGGAUAUCACCGAUACUAGGUCAGGUUCUACCAACCAGGGCAGUCAGCACGGUGCCAAUGGUGAUGAUGGCAAAUCAAACGAGGGCGGUAUCCGCCGUCGUGGUAGUCUUCGUCAACGACCCACCCAGAAGAAGAACGACGACGUGGAAGUCGAGGGCCAGAGCCUUCUCCUUGUAGAAGAAGAAGAAAUCAACGACGAGCAGAAGCCCCUUUACGCCGGUCAUAUCGUCGCCGUCAUUGAGCGAGUCCCCGGCCAGAUGUUUUCUGGCACUCUGGGUCUACUCCGACCCAGCAGCCAAGCUACCAAGGAGAAGCAGGAGGCAGAGCGCGCGGCCCGAGAUGGUGGAAACUCGCGACAUAACGAUAACCGCCAUCAGGAAAAGCCCAAGAUCGUGUGGUUCAAGCCGACUGACAAGCGUCGAUGGCCCAUCACUUCUCUUCACCCCUUUGGUACGCUGGUCGAGCAGCUUGGUAAGAUGGGAGACCUGAAGGUCGAGACUGAUGCACUUUUGCGUGACAACAACUUUGCCUCGGACGACUUCACCGAGGCUGUCCUUCGCAGCGUAGGACUCCAAGAUUGGUCCCUCGCCAAGGAGGAGGAGACUUCCCUCGCUGCCCGCCGUGAUUUCCGAGACGAGAGGAUAUUCACCUUGGCGCUUUCCGAGUCGGGAGAACUAGGCAACGCUAUCCACGUGAAGACUAGCCCUGAUGGCAAGAUUGACGUCGGCAUUCACGUUCCUGACGUUGCUCACUUCGUCAAGGCCAACUCUCUCGUUGACCGAGAGGCCAAGAAGCGAGGCACGGGUGUGCAUCUCCUUAAUCGCGUCUCCGUCAGUAUCGUAUUCCGUGUCAACCCCCAUAACGGUGCCGUUGCCGAGGGUGAUGCUUGGGUUGGCAAGAGUAUCAUCAAGAGCGUGGGCAGAGUCACCCUUGACCAGGUCGAUGCCGCUCUUUCUGGAGACCAGUCCGCAUUCAAGGACGACUCGGUUCAGCUCAAGGACCUCCAAAUUCUUAACGCUGUGUCCCAAAAGUUCAGGGAGUCUCGUCUUGGCGCUGGCGAUGAGCCUAUUGCUCCUCUUCGACUUCUUCAGCAACUUGACGACGAGAAUGUCCCGGUCAAGACCAACAUCUUUGACUCGACGUCGGCGACCGAGAUGAUUGAAGAGCUGAUGCACAAGACCAAUGCCUAUGUUGCCCAGAAACUCGUCGAGGCCCUCCCGGAGAAGGCUAUUCUUCGUCGACAGGGCGCGCCCAAUCCCCGCCGUCUCCGGACCCUUGCGGACCGUAUGGCCGCCCUAGGCUAUGAGAUCGACGCUACUAGCAGCGGCAGCCUGCAGAACAGCCUUUUCAAGGUUGACGACACUGAUAUCAGGAAUGGUAUGGAGACGCUGCUCGUGAAAUCCAUGCAGAGGGCCAAGUACUUUAUCUCUGGCAAGACUCCUAAGCACCUUUGGCCCCACUAUGCACUGAACCUUCCCCUGUACACCCAUUUUACGAGCCCCACGCGCCGAUACGUGGAUAUCAUUGCCCAUAGGCAGCUCGAGUUUGCCCUUUCGGAGGGCAAGGCCGAGUACAAUGACGAGCUCGAGACCCUUGUCAAGGCGAUCGAGUCGUGCAACACCAAGAAGGAGUCGGCCCAGAAUGCCCAGGAGCAGAGCGUUCACAUCGAGUCGUGCCGAAAGAUGGACAAGGUCAGGCAGGAUGCUAACGGAGACCUUGUGGUCGAAGGUGUGGUUAUCUGCGUGUACGAGUCGGCGUUUGACGUUUUGAUUCCUGAGUGGGGCUUUGAGAAGCGAGUGCACUGCGAUCAGCUGCCACUCAAGAAGGCCGAAUUCCGCAAGGAGAAGCGAGUUCUCGAGCUUUACUGGGAGAAGGGUGUCCCCAGCUCGGCUUAUGUUCCGGAGGACGAGCGACCCCGAGCUGCCAUGUCGCAGCGUUAUUCCAACGCCAUGGAAGCUCGAAGGCAGGCAGAGGAGGCGGAGCGUGUUCGAAAGGAACGUGAAGAAGCUGCACGCAAGCAGACUGAGACUGGAACCAUGUCGACGGAUGAUGUUGAGGCUCUCUUUGACGACGACGAUGACAACGCGUCAGACUUGACUGAGGCGAUGGCCGGCGUCUCGCUCGCAGAGCGGCCCACGCAGAGCGUGCCCGGGUCGCCCACAAGGUCUACUUCGAACGCGGAUGCUGGCGCGCUCCAGCGAACGCGCUCGGAUUCCAAGGUGCCGCCGGCGGAGCCUGUUGAGACGCGCCUGACAGAUAAGGAGAAGUACUUGAAGCUUUUCAAGCUCAGGGAAGAGGGUGGCGAAUACAUCCAGGAUGUCACGGAGAUGACGCGGGUUCCCAUUAUUCUCAAGACAGACUUGUCCAAGAGCCCUCCCUGCUUGACUAUUCGUUCCGUCAACCCCUACGCUCUCUAA